ACCCUGCGGAGGGAGUCCGGUGGGUCCCAGGCCCGCCUCACCUGCAGCCUGCCCAGCGGUGUCCUAGGGGGAGGGGACGGCAGGGAGCGGCUCCUGAGAUGCAAGAGAGGGAGAAGUCCGGUCCUGGAAUGCUGCGGAAACUGUGAUGCGGGGUGUUGGGGUCUGGCCCUGCUCCCUGUGAAUGAGCAGAAGGUGUCACCAGUCUGGAAGAAGAGGGUCUCCUGGUUUCUGCAGAGCCAGACCCCUCUCACUCUGCAUUUAGAGACUGUGCUGUCCACUCCCCAGCCCAUCCCGGAGAUAUUCCUCCCCCAUCCCAGGACCACCAACCAGCUCAGGAGUCCACAGAGUCCAGGCUUCCUCCCCAGUGUUGCCCUGGACUCUGAGCCUCACUGUUCCCGUCUGUAUUGUUGGGACAGUAGGACCCAUCUUGCUUGGGUAGGAGGCUCAGAAAGACAACCUCAGCUCAAGGAACAAGAAAAAGCCAAGUAUCCAAGCAUUUUAAUGUAUAAGAAGUCUGGAUUUUGAUGUCAAACAGAGUUUGGAUCCUGGCUCAGGCACAUAAGAACUCAGGCAAAUGGUUUUACCUCUGCUUAACCAUCUUUAAAAUAUAUAUACAUUUAUUUAUUUGUUUGGCUGUACCAGGUUUUAGUUACAGAUCUAGUUCCCUGAUCUGCAGGGAUUGGGGACCCCUGCAUUUGAAGCUCGGAGUCUUAGCCACUGGACCACCAGGGAUAAUGGAAGUCCUUCAGACAAGAUCACUGGGCAUAUGAAUUGAGAGGAAGGCACCUGUUUGAAGGAUGAAAGUCCCCUGUAGGGCACAUUCUCCUGCCCACACACCUGGGACCCUUCCCUGAAGUGAGACACUGUUAGGCUAGACUCAGAAGAACUGGCACCAUGAAGGGUUGUGCCAGUGACAGCCUGUGGCAUCUUCCCCACCAUUCUGCACCAGUAAUCAACAGAGAUUCAGGGGGCUCAUCCUCCAGGCCUGUCCUCAUUGGCCAAAUGAAGUGGGACGGAUGAAGCUGAGGGCCCCCAUCAUGCACUGGGGCAGCGUCGUGUGGGCUGCCUGUGGAUCUGGGAAGUGUGAAGAUGCUCGUGGUCCCCGGUGUCCCUGGGCCGCCACGUGUGAGGACUGCUGCGCUGAGCUGAGGCCCGGCUUGAAGAGGAUGUCCCAGCCACCGGCCAGCUCCCGUCUGCACCAUGAGUGAUGAGAGGCGGCUGCCUGGCAGUGCGGUGGGCUGGCUGGCGUGCGGAGGGCUCUCGCUGCUGGCCAACGCCUGGGGCAUCCUCAGCGUGGGGGCCAAGCAGAAGAAGUGGAAGCCCCUAGAGUUCCUGCUGUGCAUGCUGGCGGCCACCCACAUGCUCAACGUGGCCGUGCCCAUCGCCACCUACGCCGUGGUGCAGCUGCGGCGCCAGCGCCCCGACUACGAGUGGAACGAGGGCCUCUGCAAGGUCUUCGUGUCCACCUUCUACACCCUCACCCUGGCCACCUGCUUCUCCGUCACCUCCCUCUCCUACCACCGCAUGUGGAUGGUCCGCUGGCCUGUCAACUACAGGCUGAGCAACGCCAAGAAGCAGGCGGUUCAUACGGUCAUGGGCAUCUGGAUGGUGUCCUUCAUCCUGUCGGCCCUGCCUGCCGUUGGCUGGCAUGACACGAGUGAGCGCUUCUACACCCACGGCUGCCGCUUCAUCGUGGCUGAGAUCGGCCUGGGCUUUGGCGUCUGCUUCCUGCUGCUGGUGGGCGGCAGUGUGGCCAUGGGUGCCGUCUGCACGGCCAUUGCCCUCUUCCAGACACUGGUGGUGCAGGUGGGGCGCCGGGCAGACCGCCGCGCCUUCACCGUGCCCACUAUCGUGGUGGAGGAUGCGCAGGGCAAGCGCCGCUCCUCCAUCGAUGGCUCGGAGCCUGCCAGGACCUCGCUGCAGAUCACUGGCCUGGUGGCCACCAUCGUGGUCAUCUACGACUGCCUCAUGGGCUUCCCCGUGCUGGUGGUGAGCUUCAGCAGCCUACGGGCAGACGCCUCGGCGCCCUGGAUGGCACUGUGUGUGCUGUGGUGCUCGGUGACCCAGGCCCUGCUGCUGCCUGUCUUCCUCUGGGCCUGUGACCGCUACCGCGCUGAUCUCAAGGCUGUCUGGGAGAAGUGUAUGGCCCUCAUGGCCAAUGAUGAGGAUUCGGAUGAUGAUACCAGCCUGGAAGGUGGCGUCCCCCCAGACCUAGUGCUGGAGCGCUCCCUGGAUUACAGCUACGGGGGCGACUUUGUGGCCCUGGACAGGAUGGCCAAAUAUGAGCUCUCUACCCUGGAGGAGGGGGGCCUGCCCCAGUUCUACCCUCUGAGGCCCUUGCAGGAGGACAAGAUGCAGUACCUGCAGGUCCCGCCUACGCGACGCUUCUCGCACGACGACGCAGACGUGUGGGCCGCCGUCCCGCUGCCGACGUUCCUGCCGCGCUGGGGCUCUGGCGAGGACCUGGCCGCCCUGGUGAUGCCAGGCGGGCCCGAUCGGCGCCGCGGCAGUCUGCUGGCCCUCUCAGAGGACGCGCCCCCCUUCCGCCCGCGACGUCGCUCGGCCGAGAGCCUGCUGUCGCUGCGCCCCUCGACCCUGGACGACGGCCCGCGCCGCGCCCCCGGCUCACCCCCCAGCAGCCCUUGCCACCGCCCCGGGCCCGGCGUUCGCUGCGCCUCCGCCUCGCUGCUGCCCGACGCCUUCGCGCUGACCGCCUUCGAGCGGGAGCCGCAAUCCCUGCUCCGCCAGCCCGUCCCGCCAGGGCCUUUCCCCGCCUGCGCCCUUGCUCCCGACCGCGCCCAGCCCGGUGGGGACGUGGCGCCCCCUGGCGGCGGCGCGGAGAGGAGCCCCGGGCCUCUCCCGGCCGCACACAUGCAUCCCGGGACCCUGCGGACCGGCCUGAGCGCGUCGUGGGGCGAGCCCGGGGGUCUGCGCGCUGUGGGCGCGGGCAGCACCAGCAGCUUCUUAAGCUCUCCCUCGGAGUCGUCGGGCUACGUCACACUGCACUCGGACUCGCUGGGUUCCGCGUCCUAG